GAGAGUAUGGCGCACAGUGCGAAUCCUCGGAACACGGAGGCGGUGCGCGAGAGUGAUGGAUGGGCCGUCCUGGAGGAGAGUACGGCGCGGAGAGCUGGAGAUGUUCAUGUUCAGGAGGGAAGUCACGGAUUUGUCGACAUGAAGAGAGCAUGGGGUUCGGGGGGUGAUGGAGCGGGAAAUCGUCAGGGCUCGGACGUAAUGUGCACACAGGCAGAGGCCCGGUCGAUAUGAUCGCGCUCCUGUUCACAAGCAUCUCGCCCCGCCAACAGUGUCGUGAGGGUGUCCGCAGCAGCACGUAUCGCGUAAUGGCUGCACUCACACUCAUUCCGCGCUCGUAAUUUCGUGACCGAGUGCGUGAUGGAAACAAUUGUGGCGUGUUCGCGGCGUCGCUGGCCGUGGAAAGCUGACCGAAGGUGUCCGGAGAGAUCUGGUAGAUCAUUCCCGGCGCUUCCAGGCACGAUUCCAACACACGUUCGUCGAUCGCCGCGAUAUCUGUCACAACAGAGCGCGAUCUUCCGCCCUCGGUUGUUGUUGUUCGUGCCGGUGCGGUUGAUGAAUCGGGCACGCAGCGCUGCGGGCGGUCGAUGGCGGAUAGGGUUCACGCGUCGUCGUCGCACAAGUGGGACGUGAUUCCGACACCGAAGCUAACAUCUGACAUUGACCGGCUCGGUACGGCACCUACCCCGUGGGCUGAAACCUUUGACCAUCUCCAGGCUCCAGCUCUGAACCCAAUCCUCUCAGAGUCAUCACCGUGGAGAUGGCGAGAUGAUGAUGAUGACGAUGAUGAUGAAGAAGGGGAAUAUCGCGCCACUUGAUUGACCUCCAUCUCAUGAGCUCGCAGGCACCGUUCUGACUCCACUCAGCGACACCGCCGUACGAUCCGUCCGGGCUCCAGUGUCGAAUGUGAGAGCUCAUCCGGUCGAUGGCAGAUCGCGGUACGGUGCUAAUCCCGUGAAAACAUCGGAUUGACUGUUCCCGCUUGUCUCGCCACAACGUCUCCACCGGCUUCCGCGGACGAGUUCAUUCGCCCUCUGCCUGUGACUUCCCGGAUCCAUGGUGCCCACAGCCUUUCAUCUCGAGAACUGUAGUUGCACGAGGGAUCGACCGUUUGUGAAGGAAGACGGCAUUGCAUGAGCACUGCUUUUGCUGAGUGCCAUCAUCAAGAGCCUCAGUGUGCGCAGUCGGAACCGGUUGACCGCAUUCUCGCUGUGAAGAGCAUGCAAUGCGGAGGUUUGUGUCGUAGAUGAUUUUUCCGUGAGGAUUAACACCGUUCAUCGACGCCUUGAAUGGGGCUCGAUGAAAGAGUGAUUUAGAGUCGAGGUCUCAUCGCACCUGCUUCCCGCAGGAACUGGACUUCUACAAAUGAUCGCGGAUGUGCAACUGCACGGGUAGGUUUCCGACACAUGGGCACAAUCGUGGCCGUGCUGCAAUUAUUCGACUAACAUUGCGGCAGCAGCACUGGACGACUGAACAGCCCGAUUCGUACGAAAAGAUAAUCUGCCCGAAACGAGGAGCGUCUUCAAUCCUUCAACUUCUAAAGAACUGUCCCAACCACAAUCAAUUGCGUGUAUUAACUCCAAAUCCAAGAGACGCAAUCUUGUUUCAUCAGCCCGACAAGUGCCCUGACCGAUCACGCUCAAAUCGCGCCACUCUCCUGCAACUGUCGCAAUCUGAUGCGAGGUCUCGUGGAGCAGAAGAGUUUGGCUAGCUUGCUGCAGAGAGAUCCGAGUGCGAUUUGGCACGACCACAUCCGAGGCGGGAAUUGGGAUGAUUAGGAAGACGGACAGGCUCUACUGCCACGGGCAGAGACUUCCCAGAGCAACAAGCUUGCUUACCUCGUUCCGUCUCGAGCCCAUCGUAAUCAUGGAACGAUGAUGCUUUGAGAUGCAGGUCUUUUGUUCCGGCAGCCUUCCUGUCGGAACAAAGGACUGCGAAGUCGACACCUUCCGAGUGGACAGGUCUGCUGUCUGCCACUUCGACGCUCUCUGAUCUGCGUUGAAGAUUCACGACAUGACAGAUCCCAUCCUCCAUUCACAUGAACUUUUAGUCGUAUUGUCAUUCCCUCAUUGCCUCAGCCUCCCCAUUUCUAGCUACCCUGCGAAAUGUUGUUCUCCUUCGCCCAUUCUGUUUUCUCUCUACUCAGUCAUUUUAUCCUUUGCAUUCUUUCCUUUGCGAGUCACACAGUCAAAGCUAGAUACUGCAGUCAAU